AUGUUCUCCGCUUCAAAGGAUUCAUCGGCCUUAGGCCGAGGUGCUGCUCAGGCCUCAGCUAGCAGUAAUGACUACCGUGUUGUGCUUCCCCGCCUGCCUUCCGGUAAGCUGGUCGUCAACUCCGUUUUUCUACAUGCAGACUUAGCUGGUCGCCCAUACCGGGCUCAGGACUUCAGAGACGCCCUUCGGGAUGUCAUCGACAUAAAGGAAAUCAGUUCUAUAGGCCAGUUUCAAAUGUCACACGUGUGGAUGGUGACGUGCAAGUCAACGCUAACAAAAACAAAGCUUGUGACACGUAGUGAACUCUUCGUAAAAAGCCGGCGAUGCCUUGUAAUCGACCCGGAACCCACAGAAGUGAAGAUGAAGCUUCUAUGGCUUCCCGAACAUUUGGAGGAUGCCUACAUUCGAGAGGCGCUACAGGCUUUCGGGAAAGUCAGGACAAUAACAAUGGAAAACUGGAAAGUGGCAGACAUGGAAGAAAUGCGGACUCUUAAUCGUGAUGUGGUAUUGUCCCUCGCCGAUGGAGUUCGAGUGGGUGACAUUCCACACCUUCUUACUGUCUGUGGAGUUCAGAGCCUCAUACUGAUUCCUGGUCGCCCGCCACUUUGUCUACGUUGUAACAAGGUUGGACACAUCCGUCGCAACUGCAGAACUCCCCGCUGCGAUGACUGUCGACGCUUCGGUCAUGCCACCGAGGACUGCGUGGUGACGUACGCUAACAAAUUACGGCAACGCACGCAGCAACAAGAGGAUAGCUUACAAGAACAUAUUAUGGAUGCCACGGAGGUUUUGGAUGCGACAGGCGACUCUCCGGCUACAACCGAUGCGGAUGGAUUGAGCAAAAUGCCCCCUGAAGUCACGCGAAAAUUGCACCCUGAUACGGCUGCGGGAAGUGCCACGUGCGAAGUAACAAGAGACCCAUCCAAACAGCAGCCCAUAGGUAACUUUGAGCAGCCUGAGGCAAAGGAGGUAGUCCCUGCGAAGAAGGCGGUUGAAGAUAUUCCACUUGCUUGUUCUUCAGUUCCUCAACAGCCUUUUCAUCACGGUGCAGUGUCAGAAGACGACAUGCAAGGUUCUCCUGAGGCUACAGUUCCUAAGCGACGCGCGACGUCCUACAGUUCGGAAUCCAGCAAGGACAGCGACACUGCGAGUGUGAAUAGGAAACCACGCCGUCGGCGAACUUCCAAGCACAAAGGGAAAUGUCGGAGGUCACGGUCUAGGAGGCCUGGUGGAGGUUCAAGGGAAGCUUCACCGUCGUCCUCCAGGACUGACCACAUGGGACAAUAA